GGCGAGUCUCGACAACGAGGUAAGUGCUUACUGUUCUGGUCGAGGCUUUCAUAGCCCCCCCGAAUACAAGAGCCUAAUGAUGUGCGCAGCAAACUCUCUACUUUAUCAACACUACUAUCGGGACACCGCCGCAGUCAAUAAGACUGCAUCUAGACACCGGAAGCAGCGACUUGUGGGUCAACACGCCGGGCUCUGAGCUGUGCCUGGUGAAGUCCCAGCCCUGCCAGUUCGCCGGGGCAUACUCAGCAAACUCCUCGUCGACCUACGAGUACGUCGGCAGCUAUUUUAACAUUUCGUACGUGGAUGGCUCGGGGGCAAGCGGCGACUACGUCUCCGACACGGUCACGAUCGGCCAACAAAAGCUCAAACGGUUGCAAUUCGGUAUCGGCUACUCGAGCACGUCUUCGCAGGGCAUCUUGGGCAUUGGGUACGAGAUCAACGAGGUCCAGGUUGGCCGGGCUCAGAAGUCGCCGUACAAGAAUCUCCCGUCACAGAUGGUUGCGGAUGGCCUGAUCCAGUCUAAGGCUUUCAGUCUCUGGCUGAACGACCUGGGCUCGAACACGGGCAGCAUUCUCUUCGGAGGUGUCGACAGCGAGAAGUACACCGGGCCACUCGAAACGCUCCCCAUCCAGUCCGGAUCCGGAGUCUUUUCCGAGUUCCUGAUAACCUUGACCGACAUCCAGCUGGGCACCCAGUCCAUCUCGAGCAACAUCGCUUUGGCUGUGCUCCUCGACUCUGGUUCCUCCCUCACCUAUCUUCCGGACGAGAUAGUCCAGGACAUAUUCAAUGUCGUGGACGGCCGGUACGAUACUGAUGAGGGCGUCGCCUACGUACCCUGCUCCCUCGCCAGCGAAAACAAAAACCUCACCUUCACCUUCUCCUCUCCGAAAAUCGCCGUAUCGAUGAAGGAGCUCGUGCUCAACCUCGUCACCAACAACGGCAAGCGACCGGCCUUCGAGGACGGGGUCCCCGCAUGCCUGUUCGGCAUCGCCCCAGCGGGGCGGGGCACCAACGUGCUGGGCGACACUUUCCUGCGCUCGGCCUACGUCGUCUACGACCUGGACAACAACGAGAUCUCCCUAGCCCAGACCCGCUUCAACACGACCUCGAGCGCCGUCCUCGAGAUCGGCACCGGCAACAAGGCCGUCCCGCACGCCACUUCGGUCGCCGAGGCCGUCAAGGCCACGCAGGGCAUCGUGCGCGGAAAUGCGAAGCUCAGGAGCUCCGCCGCUGCGGCGCCGGCGAAGCCCCUGAUGGGUGCUGUCUCGGCCGCGGCGAUGGCGCUCACCAUCAACUUCUUACUCACCACCACCUUUGCGUAAAAAUUUCCGUGUUUAUCGAUAAGCCCUUUUUUUCCCCCGGUAUCUCACGCGGCGGGGCCGUAAGCGAGGACGGCUUUUGGAACGGGGGCAUAGACAGACAGACAUACAUAUACUGGACAGAUUGCAUUGGGGAUGGCGUUCACUGAUUUUGGUAUCAAGAAGGUCCUGGGAGUUCGGUAUAUGCGGGUGAUAGGCUAUGGCAAAGAAUGGGCUGCCGGCUUCUGGUUUUGCCCGGCGUUGCUCUUGUUAUUUUGAAUAUUGAUCAUCGAUACAGCUCUGCACCGAGGACAUGCUUGGGCAGACUUGUGGAUACUUUUGGGUUAUGAACUGGAUGUGGAUGGGAAACUACUUACAUAGAAUGACCCACACAAGUGGACAGCCCACGAUCAAUGAACCUUUCCCGCUUCCUGAG